UUCGCAUAUCAAAAACCUUGCCUGGUAGUUUGACGUUUAGAUUCUUCCAUUCAAUUCUUGAAAAUGCCUCGUGUAAACAAGCAACGUCGAGCUGCUAUUUUGCGUGAAAGCAAGAAAAAAAUCGCGAAACAAAUCGAAUCGUUACCGGAUCCAUUAGCGUGGACCAUUACUAACCCCUGGAAUGCAAGAAAGGAACAUAUCAACAUGUCAGCCUGUCUGCGACAAUCCGGCGAUUCUAAUCCGUCACAAAUGACCAACGAAAAUGAGGAGCACACGAUUGACCAGUUGCGACACUCUCCAGCUUUGUGUUUUUCGCCUCCGGAUAUCCAAGAACCGGGUUUGAACGUCAGAGGCUCAGUGUCCGAAUCGAGCACCGUGGAUGAGGGCUUCCCGACGGAUUGCCAAUUUAUCUUGCGGAAAUCCAGAUGCCGGAAUGUACCACGAACAACAACAGCAACUUCUUUGCAGCAUCUUCAACCUAUCUGACGGAAAUUUUCAUACCGGAUUUGAGCAUCGCUGGAUUAGCUUCCAGCCCAAGGCCCCAAGCGGGAACGCCUACUUCGUCCCUUCAACCCAAGUGAUUAAUCUGCAUCAAACGGUGCCUCCGGCUUCACGAGUCGGAAAUGGAUCGUCUGGCCAGCAGUCGGCGGAGGACGAUUCAUCGCAGAAUGUCAAAGGUGCAGCUUCCGGCUUAAGUUCCGAAUGCGGUAUUUCUAUCUUCUCCCGACUUGGACAACCAAUUUUUGAAGUAUUCGAAAAUGAAACGCUGUGCGCCCCAUUUGGAUCUUCAGGUCUGCGUUCCGCGGACGACUAUCUAUCGCAGAACGUCGCAGAUGCAGCUUCCGGCCAGAGGUCCGAGAGUGGUGACUCCGAGUUUGAGUUUCCAGCCGAUGAUCAAUGGGACGCGGAAGUAAACGGCAAGUUAUUUUAUUUUCAAUUUCAAGCUCUAAAAGGCACAAAACGAAUCAAGUUGAUUUUGAUUUCUGAUUGCGAAUUUUUUUUUUCGAUAUUUGUUCAAA